UCCACACUCCGAUCCUCCUCGUCUCUCCUCUCUCCUCUCCAUCCGAUCCCUCCGCUUCCUCUACCUCCUCCCCACUCUCCACGCCAGUAGAAACCCUAGCCGAUCCAUGGGAAGCUUCACGAGGAAGGAGCACCACUUCCUCUCCGAGCUCGGCCUCGCCCCUCGCAACCUCGGAUGCUUCGUCAAUGGCUCCUGGAAGGGGAACGGCCCCGUCGCCUCCUCGCGAAAUCCUACCAACAACCAGGUUAUUGCCGAGGUGAAUGAGGCAUCGAUUCAGGACUAUGAUGAGGGAAUGAAUGCUUGCGUGGAUGCGGCCAAGAUAUGGAUGCAGGUUCCAGCUCCUAAGAGGGGGGAAAUUGUUAGGCAGAUUGGUGAUGCACUGAGAGCAAAACUUCACCAUCUUGGUAGACUUGUCUCACUUGAGAUGGGAAAGAUACUUCCUGAAGGGAUCGGAGAGGUUCAAGAAAUUAUUGACAUGUGCGACUAUGCUGUUGGGUUGAGUCGGCAGCUGAAUGGAUCGAUCAUACCAUCUGAACGUCCAAAUCAUAUGAUGAUGGAGGUGUGGAAUCCUCUUGGAAUAGUUGGUGUCAUUACAGCAUUCAAUUUUCCAUGUGCUGUACUUGGGUGGAAUGCCUGCAUCGCUUUAGUCUGUGGAAACUGUGUCGUCUGGAAAGGUGCACCAACAACUCCGUUAAUCACGAUUGCAACAACUAAAAUUAUUGCUGGUGUGUUAGAGAAGAACAAUUUGCCAGGUGCAAUCUUCACAGCAUUUUGUGGAGAUGCUAUGGUUGGUAAAGCAAUAGCUUGUGACGCAAGGAUACCGCUGGUUUCAUUCACUGGAAGUACCAAGGUUGGUCUUACGGUUCAGCGGAACGUCAAUGAUAGAUUCGGUAAAUGUCUGCUUGAACUUAGUGGGAACAAUGCUAUUAUUGUAAUGGAUGAUGCCGACAUCCAGCUCGCUGUACGUUCUGUUCUGUUUGCUGCUGUUGGUACAGCUGGACAACGCUGCACCACAUGUCGUAGGCUGCUUCUUCAUGAAAGUAUAUAUCAAACUGUUGUUGAUCAACUUGUCGAAGUCUAUAAACAAGUCAAAAUUGGGGACCCAUUAGAAAAAGGCACCUUGUUGGGACCAUUGCACACUCCUGCUGCAAAAGAGAACUUUACGAGAGGCAUUCAAGUCAUCAAAUCUCAGGGUGGAAAGAUCCUUGUUGGAGGAUUCCACAUAGAAUCUGAGGGAAACUUUGUGGAACCCACUAUUGUUGAGAUUUCACCGAGCGCACCAGUUGUUAAAGAGGAGUUGUUUGGUCCUGUCCUCUAUGUAAUGAAAUUUCAGACUCUAAAGGAAGCAAUUGAAAUAAACAACUCUGUACCUCAAGGGCUAAGCAGCUCUAUAUUCACACGUAGGCCAGAAAUUAUAUUUAAGUGGAUUGGGCCGCUCGGCAGUGACUGUGGUAUAGUGAAUGUAAAUAUACCUACUAAUGGUGCUGAAAUUGGUGGAGCUUUUGGUGGAGAAAAAGCCACUGGAGGUGGCCGAGAAGCAGGAAGUGAUUCUUGGAAGCAGUAUAUGAGACGCGCCACUUGCACAAUCAACUAUGGAAGUGAACUACCUUUGGCACAAGGAAUAAAUUUCGGCUAGGUAUAGUACAAUGGCAUUUCUGAUCUUAUCUUCCUUGUCUCGGCACGAAGCUGAUCCGAUCCUCACAGAGUAUCUGUAUUGCUCUCUUCUUAUCGUCUUCUAUGACUUUCUAAGUACUGCCAUUGUGAGCUCUGAUUACUGAAGAGGAACUGAUAACAUAGCAUGAUCACUAUGUAGUGUUACUACAAUAAGAGGGUUUCCCAAACGGGCCCUAAGCUCUACAAUUGUCCUUGCAGGGCGUCUGUAGCUUUGCUUCAUAAAAAGUUACUGCAUGGGCCUUAGUCCAACACGGACUUGUCUCUGAAAACUCAAUGCUAGAAAUUUUUAAACAAGAGUUUAAAGCAUUAGAUGCCAUCUACAA